UGCAAGAUGGGUUAUCAGCUUUUAGUGAUCAUGAAGCUUGGAAUCUUCCAUCUGGAUCAACAAUAAAUACCAAUUAUAUCACACGAAGAGGUGAAAAUGCCAAAAUGACCUUUAAAGCUAUUGAUCAAGGUCAUUUCCGAAGUACUUAUGAAGGCAAAGAUUUUACUAUUUUAAACGGAAGACUUCUAGCUGAUGAAAGUUUCGAUGAAAAAGAUAGGCAAUUGAUUUUACAGACUUAUAAUAAUACUCUUCUUGGAAUGCAACAAGGUUUAAUGGGAAUGCAACAACGAAUGCAAAUGAAUGCAAUGAGUGGCUCGAAUUUUGCUUUCGCAGGAACAGCUUAUGCCAGUACAACAAUCGGUGGAUCAUCAGCUUUUGAUCAAGGUGGAACGAUUAUUAGUAACUUAGAAGUUGGAGGAGGUUCUACAGGAGCUUUUUCGAGCUCAUCAGGAGGUGAUGGAGGAUUAGCUUUUGCCCAUGCCUCUUAUAACCUAGCAACUGGUCGAGAGUCUCUGAAGAGAAUACGUUCCUUAAACCAUGGCAAGCGGAUAAGUCUUCUCGAAGGAGGACCGUUGGCCAAACCACGACAACCAGUAAUGGUUAUAGAAGACAUAAGCGAUGAAAAAUCGCCCAAAAAGCCUCGAAACUUUGACGAAGUUGAUGGGAGCAUAUUAGCUGAACCAAUUCUUCAGAAGACAACAUUUACACCUAAAGCUAUUAUCUACGAUGACCCUAAGACUUAUGAAGCUCAAGAUAAAAACGAACUUCCGCUUGCUAAGAGGUUGGACGAAUACAUUAUUUCAUUGGAUGAAAAUUUCAAUUUAGAAAACAGAUAUCAUUUCCAUCAAGCAAAACCGAAAAGAGUCAUUCGCAGAAAACUCAGUCCAAAGGAUAAAUUUCGACUUGAAAGUCCUGAAAAAUACUGCUUAUUUGAAGAAGAAUGCUUAAAGUUACAUAAUCAAUAUCGUAAAAUGCAUGGAGUGCCACCUUUGGUUCAUAAUGAAUUUCUAUCUCAAGUUGCUAAAGAAUGGGCAGAGCAUCUAGCUCUAAAGGAUGCCUUCUAUCAUCGUCCAAAUAAUGAAUAUGGAGAGAAUCUUUAUUAUGUUGAAGGAAUUCCGUGUCGAGCUAAAAUGGCUGUAAAAGCAUGGUAUGAUGAAAUUGAUUUGUAUGACUAUGACAAUCCAAAGUUUUCAAAAGAGGUGGGACAUUUUACACAAUUGGUGUGGAAGGAUACGAGAGAAGUUGGUACUGGAGUAGCACAGAUAGGAAACAAAAUUUGGGUGUGUUGUAACUAUCAUCCACCAGGAAACUAUUCGAAUCAAAUAAAUGAUGAAUUUGUACCGCGUCCUAUUAUUAAACGUGUUAAGAAUAAAAAACUCUCCGGAAUGCGCCUCAGAAUUUGUUGUGGCUGUGUUAUCGAUAGCAAGGGACGUAUUGGAUUUAUUCAAAAACAAAAAGGACGAGCUAUUGAACUUCAAACUGGACCACCGUUAAGGGAUCAACCAAGGCAACAAAGUGUUGAAACAAUUGCUUUGGAGAGUUUAGCAAGAGAUACGAAGUCAGAACUUGCACGGGAAAAGGAAACGAAAAAGCGGAAAAAAUCUGCAUUCACCACAUAUCUUCGCGAAUUCACCACACUUUCAAAUUCUCGCACUUCCAAUGAAGGGAAUAUUAAUCCUGGUUUCAGUAUCUCUUCGGAAUGUAUCCCGAAGAAAAUUUCUCCUAAUCAAAGAACAUCAGUUUUUAACUCACCGAAAUUGAAAACAUCGAUAUUCCCCACACUAGUUUUUGGAGACUCCAUCCCAAUUAUUAAUUCAACAUCAAAUUUUAUUUAUAUAUCAAAAAAUGGGAAGAAAAAUGAAAUGAAAUUCGAACAAAUUGCACCUGAACAUUAUCGUGGUGUAUUUAAAAAUAACAAAUUCACCAUAGUGAAUGGUGAACUUCUCUCACAAGAUGGCACUUUUGAUGAUUUUGAAAAAGAAUUGAUAUUGAAAAAUUAUUUACAAGCUAUAUUAGCUAUGCAACAAGGUGUAACAGGAUUUGAGGAGAAGAUACUGAAUUCAUUACAACAGAAACUCCCCACAAUAAAUCAUAAAAGACUCUCCGAACUCACCAUACCGAAUGAAUCUAAAAUUAAAGUCAAUUUCACCGCCGAUAAUGGUGAAAAAUCACAUAUGACAUUUAAACAAAUCAAACCAGGACUAUUUCGAGGAACUUUUAACAAAAAAGAGUUCUCCAUUGCAAAUGGACAAGUUUUGCCGCUGAGAAGGUCUGAUUGGGGUCUUAAUAAGGAACUUAUUCUAAGUUCCUUUCUAAGAGCAGUGAUGGGAAUGCAACAAACCGAAUUGGGUGUGCAUCGUGGGGAAUGGGCAAUGGAAACAAAACUUUCUGGCAAUCAAUUAAAUCCUAUGGAACUACUUAAAGCUGCAUGUCCUGAAAGACGUUUUCUAUUAGAAUCUGAAAGCUUAAAGAUUCAUAAUGAAUAUCGAAGGAUUCAUGGAGUUCCGCCAUUGGCGCACAGUGAAUUGCUAUGUGAAAUGGCUCGGGAAUGGGCUGAGCACUUAGCUUUGAAAGAUACAACACAUAAAAGAUCCCACGAUGUGUAUGGUGAGAAUCUUUAUCACUCCCAUGGAGUGCCAUUAGAUGCAAGAGAAAUCAUCUCAACGUGGUAUAAUGAGAUUAAAUCCUAUGACUUCAAGAAUCCGAAGUUCACUAAUGAGACGGAACAUUUUACACAGUUGGUGUGGAAGGAUACCAAGGAAAUGGGAACAGGAAUAGCACAAAUGUAA